UGCAGAAUUGCAGCACUUUUAGCUUCGACGAUCAUGUCGACCAGAACUCUAACCCUUGGCACGAGAAGCACUCUCCGUCUCCGAUUCUGCAAAUUAUUCUCCGAUUGUUUUCAUUUUCAGCAUCCUUAUCCCAGAAUUCCUCAAAGCUUCCUCUCAUCUCCACCACCCACCACAGCGCGCCGCCGCGGCAACCACCAUUGCCGACCCUUUACAUCUACCUCUCAUUUGUUUCAACUCCAAAUCCAAUCGCAGCUUCAAAGCUCGGAUCCAUCUUCUCCUCACCUCGUGAACGAGCUCUCCCGGGUACUCAGCGACUUCAGAAAUCCGCACCAUGAUAUCGAGGCGGCGCUCAGUCCAUUCCGCUCCCAAAUAUCAAUCAAUGUGGUUGAGCAAGUGCUCAAGCGGUGCAGGAAUCUGGGGUUUUCCGCUCACAGAUUCUUUCUCUGGGCUCAAAGGCUACCGGGGUUUCGACAUAGUGAAGAGAGCUAUCGCAUUCUUGUUGACAUCUUAGGAGGUAGCAAGCAGUUCCCACUGUUGUGGGAUUUUCUCUUGGAAAUGAGAGACGCUAAAUCUUGUGAAAUCACUCCACAUAUGUUCUCGAUUGUGUUCAGGGCUUAUUGCAGGGCUAAUCUUCCUGACGAUGCCAUAAGGGCUUUUAGCAAGAUGGGCGAUUUUGGGAUUGAACCGAAUGUAGAUGAUCUUGGUCACCUUCUGUAUGCGUUGUGCAAAAGAAAGCAUACCUCGCAUGCCCAAAAAUUCUUUGACAGAGUUAAGGAAAGUUACCCACCUUGCACAAAAUGUUAUAGCAUUUUGAUUAGAGGUUGGGGAGAAUUGGGGAAAUUUUCACAGGCACAGAAGCUGUUUGAUGAAAUGCUUCAGAGGGGAUGUUCAGUUCAUUUGCCUGCAUAUAAUUGUCUCUUGGAGUCUUUAUGCAAGGGAGGGAAGAUGGAUGAAGCUUAUAAAAUGUUCAGAAAGAUGUGGUCGAUGGAGCUUAAACCAGAUGCUUUUACAUACUCUAUAUUCAUUCAUUCUUAUUGUCAGGCAAAUGAUAUUCAUUCAGCUUUCAAGGUUCUAGAUAGGAUGAAAAUGUAUGAUCUUGUCCCUAAUGUGUUUACUUACAAUUGCAUGAUCAAGNGGGGGGGGGGGGGGGGGGUCUGGUUUGAAGCAUUGGGCCAAGUGGUUGGUCUCCUCCCUCCUGCAAGGUAG